UCAACAAAUCCAGAACCAGGAAUGUCAGCCAACAAAACAGUGAACCAACUCAAAGCAUAUGAUUCUGGCGUAGUUGUACAAUUCUGUCGCAAGCCUUGAACGACGCAGUAACUCUUUGAACAUGGAAUAAGCACAUCAUACAGACGAUAUAUUCGUAAUGUGUCUCACAAAUUAGUGGAAGCUGUGCGUGCGGGUGUGUUAAGAUAUGGCACGACUGCAAAACAUUUUCUGUGCGGGAUGAUGCAAUGUGGCAAAGCCGACCCAAAACAACAUACAGUGCAUUCGCGAAAAUUCUAUUGUGCGUUAUGAAUUGGUGCAAUGCGUGCGAGUGGGCUGUCGGGGAAUACCAGUGAAAAAAAACAGGUUGAAAAUAAUGAGACAAACAACGACAUGUCUCGAUCGUAAUUCAGUUUCCGCUCGUGAAAGAUUUGAGCAUAGUUUACAGUGAUGUAGUGUUUUGAUAUGUAUAUAAAUGUGGUGUUAUAUUAGUUUGCUUUAUUUCCCAACUACUCCUACCACGGCAGUCUGUUUUCAUUCUACAACGCCGGGAAAAGUAACAAAGCAUACCGUCGAAUGAAGGCCAUCCGUCGCGCGCUGAACUCAGCAUAAAUAUCUAGUUUAUGAAAGUGAUAAACAAUUUCUUAGUAGUGAAUAAAUCUAACCGCAAAACAAAACAAACAUAUCACCAUGAAGUUUGCCAAGGUGCCAAUGUUUGUACUGCUACUAGUGGUGGCAGCACGCGGAUCUGCAUCCGACGCAAAAAUUGCGUCUCCGUCAUCGGUAUCUCAGCAGCAGGACUGCACAGCCGUUGCAAAGGAUGAAGAAACGAUGCUUGUGUUUUCUACCCUCGGCGGAGGAUUGACCGCAAUUGAUCCGCUGACGGGUGAAACACGUUGGUCGAUCGCAGACGAACCGGCAAUCCGUGUACCAACACCGUCCGAUACGACCGCGCACUAUCUGCCCGAUCCUCGGGAUGGCAGUCUGUAUCGCAUGAACGGAUUGGAGGGAGGAUUAAAAAAGCUUCCGUACACGAUCCCGCAACUAGUUGCCAGUGCACCGUGCCGGUCAAGCGAUGGCAUUUUGUACUCGGGCAAGAAGAGUGACGUUUGGUUUUUGAUCGAUCCAAAGACGGGACAGCGUGAGAAAGUGCUCGGAUUUGGUGGGGAACCCCCACAGCCGCCCAAAGAUGCAGGCCCGGACUCGAUCGGUUGGGCUACGUCCCGGGCCGUAUAUUUGGGCCGUACACAAUAUACCGUCAUGAUGUACGAUAGUCUCGCAACCGAUCGGAACAGCAAACCGUGGAAUGUAACGUUCUUCGAUUAUUCGGCCCACUCUAUGGCACCGGAGCUAACGAAUGAGUAUGAGUUUCUGCAUCUUACCAGCAGUUCAUCGGGAUUAACGACUACGUUUGAGCGAAACAAAGGGACUCCAAUGUGGCAAAAAGAUCUUUCCAGUCCAGUAGUGGCCGUGUUUCUUCUCGGCUCGGAAGGACUGCUCAGUGUACCUUUUCAGACCGUUUCGGACGAGGUGCUGCAGGAUUUAAACGAACGGGCAAAGGGUGGCAACUUUGACAACGUGAAACUAUUUGAAACCGUUUACAUUGGGGAAGCUGGUAACAAUCUCUACGCAAUACCCUCGAUGGUGGACAAAAAUACUGCAACACUACCUUCGGAACCGUCCAUCAAUUUGCUGGGCGGACCAUUGAAGGGUUCACGAUCAUCGUCGUACAGUGGUAGCGAUCGAGACGAUGCUUCUGGGCGGGAGCUCAUUGCAAAAGCUUCACGCCUUGAUGGCAAAAAUGAAAACAUCAUAAUACUGGGACACUAUCAAACACCUAAAACGGACGAUCGGCUAAAGCUUGACAUCGCACCGAGCGGUCCAGCAACGGUGGGGAAAGAUUUCUGGAAACAUCACGAGCUUUCCACCAUGCUGGUUGGUGGUCCGGCUGGUGUUGAUUUACCGAGCGUGCCCAAAAACACGCAUACGAUUGGCGUUCAGACAGACGGUCCGGCAGAACCGGAGCAUGCAUACGGAGAUGCGAAUGAAACCAGCUCGACGAAGCUACAAGGCAGCACCGAUCUUAUUCGAGCAUUGUUCGGUCGGCUGUACAUGGAUACGAAAUUGUGGCUUGAAGCGCAACCCAACAAAUUGCCCACCAUAUUGAUGAUCGCACUGUUCGGUACGGUUAUCUUUGGAUUUUGGUAUUUUAAUCUGCAAAUGAAAGCGCUAAAGGAGCAAAGUCAAGGAGGAUCGCAAACGAGCAAUUCGAACCGUAGCGGAUCGAAUGGAAGUGGUGGAAGUGGUAGCGGCAGCUACAGUGAACCGAUCGAUUACGGCGAUGGUGAGAUGCGGGUUGGCAAGAUUAACUUCAAUACGCAGAAUGUGCUGGGCAAAGGAUGUGAGGGAACGUUUGUGUUUCGGGGAAUGUUUGAGAAGCGCGAGGUAGCGGUGAAGCGAAUAUUGCCAGGAUGCUUUACGCUAGCCGAUCGUGAAGUGACGCUGUUGCGGGAGAGUGACGCACACGAAAAUGUGGUGCGUUACUUCUGCACCGAGCAGGAUCGACAGUUCCGCUACAUCGCGGUAGAGCUGUGUGCCGCUACACUGCAAGACUACGUGGAUGGGAAAGAGCCGUCCACGGUGAGUUCGUUGCGUGAAAAGAUCUCCGCACUGGACAUUCUCCGACAGGCCACAAGCGGUUUGAUGCAUUUGCAUUCGCUCAACAUUGUGCACCGGGACAUAAAGCCGCAGAACAUUUUGCUGUCCCUGCCCGACUACAAGCAACGCGUCCGGGCAAUGAUAUCGGAUUUUGGGCUGUGCAAAAAGCUCAACUAUGGGAAGGCAAGUUUCUCCCGCCGGUCCGGUGUGACCGGUACGGAUGGAUGGAUCGCACCAGAGAUGCAGCGUGGCCAACGUGCAACAACGUCGGUGGAUAUAUUUUCACUUGGCUGUGUGUUUUACUACGUGCUUUCGGAUGGUUUUCAUCCGUUUGGUGAUAAUUUGAAACGGCAGGCAAACAUCCUGUCCAACGAGUACGAUCUCAGCAUGUUACGGAGGGAAAAUACGCAACCCGAUUGCCGCACGAUACUGGCAGAAGAAAUUGUCAGCGAUAUGAUACACGUUGAACCGGGCCAAAGACCGGCCGCAAAAGCGGUGGCUAAUCAUCCACUGUUUUGGAGCAAUGCGCGCGUUCUCGCUUUCCUGCAGGAUGUGAGCGAUCGGGUAGAAAAACUCGAUGUCAUGAACGAACCGUUACGAUCGCUGGAGAAAAACGCACGGUUUAUUGUGCGCGAAGAUUGGAGCACCUAUUUGGAUGUGGAAAUUACGGCCGAUUUGAGGAAAUUCCGCGGCUACCAGGGUUACAGUGUGCGAGAUCUUUUGCGUGCACUUAGAAAUAAGAAACAUCACUACUACGAACUGACGCCAUCGAUGCAGCGUGCGUUGGGGAAAAUACCGCAACAAUUCACACAGUACUGGAUAAGCCGAUUUCCGCGCCUUCUUUCGCAUAGUUACCAUGCGCUGGCGGAUUGUUCACGGGAACCAAUAUUUAAACAUUACUACAAUAACGAUGAAGAUGCCGAGCAUGCGAGUGGUAGUGUACCUUCCCAGCCGAACGGAUAUCAAUUUUCCAAACCGUCCUAUUUCCAUACGGAAAACAAUGAUAAUUACGAGCUAAUCCGGUACUAUGAAGCAGCACAGCUAAUGAAAAAUAGCACGAAAAGCCCAAAGCGAAGACCUACCGGAGCAGAUGGACCCGAGGCAUCCACACCGGAACGGAAGCCAGGGAUGGGAGGAGGACCAAACAAGCGUGGAACGUACAAUUUUGGUAAAUCGAGUGGCGGAGGUUUCAUAACACGCCAAACGGGCGUGCGAGAGAAUACAGAGUCCACCACAUACGGGAUGGACGAUCAACGAUCGUCGGUUGUAACGAAUGGCAUCACGAGUGAAGGGAGAGAAACGAUUAGCGUAGAAGGUAAUGGUAAUCAGCGGAGACGCAACACCCCCGGCAGUGGUGGUGAUAAUCAUACAGUCAACCAAACUAAUAUAAAACGGCGCGAUGUGCAAACGAAGGUGACGUGGAAAUUAGACUCCAUAGCAUCGGACAAGGAGAAGAGCAAUGAGUAAGGUUACCCGUUCUUGGUCAAGCUGUAUCAGCAACGAUCUUUGCAUUCCAUUUUAUUAUUUUAUUAAGUUGUUUUUUUAUAGUGGAGAUUAUCUUUACACUAAUUAACAUUUAUUAUCACCAAGUGCAGGAAAGUGAAACAUAGAUUUGUUUUAUACAAUCUCAAAUGUGUAUUACUAUUGGUUCAUGGGUUGAAAUUUUCGGUCAUAAUUGGUUUUGAAUGUUAUCAUUUUUAACGGUUUAAUUCUUCAUAAAUUCAUUUAAAAGCUCAACAUUAAAACUAGUUGUUAACGUUGUUCAAAUUUCUAAUUUCAAUUUCAAAACCAAUAAGAUAGUGUUAAAAUUCAGAAUCAUUAGUUACUGUGACAAAUGUAUAAAUUUGUUGUUUUUCCUUUCAAAAAUAUUGAAGAGAAAAGAGUUCAACCCACAAACCAGUAGCUUUACGCAUUUGAAAUAGAAUAAAACACAUAUAUCGUUCAUGCAUCUGUUUUUGAUGAAGUUCUGGCACUUGAGAAAAAUAAAUGCAAAUUAGUGUAUUACAAGAAUAAUUUCUAAACUUAACGUUGAACGAUUUUGAUGAUAUUUUUUUUCAAUUAUGUGCUUUGCUGUCCAUGCAAUAAUGGUACGAUUUAAGAUGUGCUUUGCUUGUUUUCAUUGAUUUAUUAAUUUGUUUGAUAUGUUCAAUUAAGAUGUUGGUCUCUAUCAAGUUUUAUUUUUGUUAUCAUAAUGCAAGUACUAGCAUUAGAAAUACGGCAUCAGUCAAUAAGCACACCGUUACCGUUUAAAAUGUUUUUGUGGCAUGUGGCAACAAUCUUCAUCUGAUCAUCUUUUUAUUGGACCAUUUGAUUGCGCCUGUGCGAUAAGAAAUGAACAACGAUUGAUCAAUUGCACAUUUCUAUCAAGUUUGCUUGAAUUUUGAUAUCGCAUUUUCGUAACAAGCUACCUUUUAUACGUUAUAUAUUGCUCGUGCUCGAGUUGGGAAACCAACGUACACAGUCCGGGGUAUCGAAUUAGUUAAAGGAAUGACGACAUCUUAAGCAUACUUUAAACACGCAUUACUACUUAGUCUGUGAUAUCGUGUGGUAGCGUUUAAGUCAGUUAGGUAAUAGAAUGCACAUCUGCUUCACAUAACUUGUAUAUAGUGAUCCAAUUUUUGUACUGAUUAGAAAAGCACGAUAACACUAGUAGGGAAAAUAUACAUGUCCCACAAGUGUUGCACUUGUCGACACUUGUGGUUAUUAGCUAGGUUAAAGCGCAUAUGCAAGCAAUAUGCAAUUUAACGUGACGUCAACUUGUCAUGAGGAUCGAAACUGCACAACGGAGGCAGCUUUUUCCUGUUGAGAUAAAAUAAAGCGCAUUCGCUUUUGGGGUAAUUCCAAUGUA